GACCAGACACAGAAUCAUGCUGGUGUGUGUUCUGGCGCUGGCGUUGGUAGGUGGACGACCAGGAUUCUCCAAUGGGGAUCAACUCGGAGACGUGAUCCCCAAGAAAGAUUGUUUUGUCUACCACGACAGAUCAGCUCAAAUCAAACUCUCAGACUCCAGACAUGGCUAUCCUGGGUCAGACAUUGCAGAAGAGCUUGUGAAGCGCCCCUACAUGCGCCCUGUGCUGUUUGGCCCUGACCCAGAACACAGGACUCCUUACAGCGGAAGCAGGGUUCGCAUCGUCGAGAUUGGAAAACGGCUACACAAGAGGUCGUAUGGUUUCUACCCAACAUACAGACGGGUGUAUCCUUACUACAGAGCAGGCGAGUUCAACCCUGCACUGGUGCAUCACGUCCAACGGAAGCCAGUCCAUGUCGUUGACCCUAAACCCGUGCAUCCUAUCCACCCUGCACCCGUGCAUCACGCCCAACACAAAUCAGCGCUUGUCGUUGACCCUAAACCCGUGCAUCCCAUCCACCCUGCACCAGUGCAUCACGCCCAACACAAAUCAGCGCUUGUCGUUGACCCUAAACCCGUGCAUCCCAUCCACCCUGCACCAGUGCAUCACGCCAAACCAGUGCUGACCGUUCAACCUAAACCAGCGCAUCUCGUCCACCCUGCACCAGUGCAUCACGCCAAACGCAAACCAGUGCAUGCCGUUCAACCUAACACAGCGAACGCCGUUCAUCUCACCAAGCCAGUGCACACCUCUAAACCAAUAUGUCAGUCCCGGAAGUAUGCAUUGCGCAGGUUCUGGCUGCAUGGUGGUAACUGUUACGUCAUCAACCCCGACUACCAGAAGGUGACCUAUGCCAGAUGCAGCAGGCAUCACGACUGCUCCAACUGCACCCGGCCCGCAUACAACGUCAACCACAACACCGUCAACAAGUGUGUGGAAACCUUUGAGACGCUCGAUGUCUGGGCCUUCUGUGACAACCUCAGCAAGUAUGACAGAAUCCAGAGAGUCGGUAUUAGUCUCCCCAAAUACUGCAGCUGCCAAACUUUCACGUGUUAAAGGCGAUCUACGCUCGGAAAAUUGGCAGCCCCAGCAAGUUUAAUUCAAGUUCCGGCAACCCCAGUGUUCUAGCUCAUAUUGUAAGAUCUAUAUCAAUAUGUAGUAUUUAAUGAGUGUCCAUUCAAUACACAUUACACAUUCACUGUGGCAAGCGUUGUCUAGAACCAUAGAUUGCAAUGGGGCACUGGACUUUCCACUGUGAGGGCAAAAGAAAGUAUACCGAGUUUGUUUUGUUAUGUAAUUAAAAAAUGAAAAAAGCUGUGACAAUGUCUAUAUAACCAUCACUCAUUCUUGCAACAGUUUAUAAAAAGUAAGCAGUGGCUGGGUAAUUUUUUGUAAAAGCAAAUCGGUUCAAUGAAGACUGGGGUAAAAAAUGAACCUGCCACGAUUUGAUCCCCACCGUGUUAAAAAUGUUGUAAAUUUGUGCCGAAAUCGCAAAUUAAUUCUUUUUCAAAGAUAAGAUGUGUAGGAUACCCCUCAGCAGUUGUGUAUUAUGCGAAUUGUUUUUAUAUUUAUAAAAAGUUUAAAUCAAUUUUUUUUAAAUUAAACAAUGCAGAAGUUUUCUUUGAGUGCUGACUAAGCGCCAGUAAACUCCUUUUGUUGGAUAUAAUAUCGACAACUAAAUAUAUUUUCAACUGAAAAUCAGACAUAUCAAACAAUCAACCACGCGGUAUAGUUUCUUUUGUCCCUCAGUAUAUCUUGAUGUCAAAUCCGAAACCCAAAGUAAUGAUCUACCGUUCUGUUGAUGUUGUUAACGUUAAUGUCUCUGUGCUAUAUACUUGUAUAUAUAUAUAUUAAAUAUAAUAUCAAUAUAGCCAAAAUAAUCUAUAUCACAAUCAUUACGUCUUCGGACAAAUGAUACAGUAUGAUAUAAAUGUUACAAAACGUUUACAUUCCUAUUUAACACUUACCAUGUUCUCAUUAAGUUCUUUGCCACUGUUGGAUAUAAAAUAUUUGCAUA